AUGGAAGGUCGGCAUUGGAAGAAGAAGAAACGUAAGAAAGAACGGAACGCAUCUAAAUGCCGGACUGUUCAACGUCGUUCUGCGAAGGGUACGGGCGAGGGCGGGGGUGAAGAGAGUAGUGUUGGAACCAGGCUGGUGUCUCAAUCAGCCAAGCAGGUUGGGGCAUCUUGGACCCCUUCCUGGGCCAGUGAUCAAUGGUGGGGGAGAAAGAGCGGCGCGCGCAGCUUCUCGGCGCAGCGGGGCAAGCCGUCACAGUCACAACUCAAUCUAAGUAGUGUCUCGGUGACCGUGCGUUCAAAGAUGUCACGUUGGUUCGAUCAAUCGAACAUACUCUUGAUGAGUAUGAUAUUGUUCAGUACAGUAAUGUGGAAUACAGCGAAAAGUUCGAUAAUGAAGUGUGAGGAGGCAAAACUAAAAUGCGCCUUUAGAACAGGUUGCGGCGCUGCUCUGCAACACUAUCUUACGGGUUGUGCACCCGUUCUCGAAGGCAAUGAUUGUUCUGAAACCUGCCAACAUGCCCUUAUUGCUCUUACAAGCACCGAUGAGGGCAAAGAGCUUAUGACAUGUGAAUGCGAGAAUGAAUUAUGUUUACAAUCAAAACAAAGAGUAGAGAUAUGCAGAUCAUCUGUAACAAUGGCAAUGAAUAGGACAAGGGUAUCCUGCAGGAUAGCAACCUGGAUUUGUAAUGCAGACGCCCUUUGCCAAACUGCACUUACAUAUUAUAAUAAAUAUUGUAAGAGUAUGUUUCAAGGACGAAAGUGUACUAGACGAUGUAGGAACUCGAUAAAUAUUUUAACAAGACAAGAAAAGGCUGCAAAAUUGAAUACAUGCCAAUGCGAUGGUUUUGAAGAAUAUGAUUGUAAAGGAAUUCAUAGGAAUAUGAAUGUUUUGUGUUUUGGAAAAGUACAUCAUAGUUACCGUGACAUUAAUAUUGAAGAGGAUAGAAAAAGUGAAUUUCUAACACCAAACAUGAGUCUUAGAGGAGAUGGUGUUCAAAUAUUAGUGGACAGAAAAUUGUUUUUACUUUCUUUAUUGAUUUAUCACAUACUUAAAGUGAGACAAGGCAAGAUUAUAUGUUACAUUAUAUUUUUUCAUUCUUUAAUCAUGUACUACCAGAAUAAAACUGAAUUACUGAUGAUUAAAACAAAUUCAGAAAAAAUCUCCAAAAAAUAACAGUAUUCCAUGAAACCAAUGACCAAAGAUCUUUAUCAAUUUUUUAAAUCAUCAAUAUUUGAAAAAUUUAAUGCUGGUAUUAAUGGAUUACUUUCUUAUAACAGCAUAAUGAACAUGUAUAAAUUACAAAAUAUUUCCACGAGUUGAUUGUUAGAUUUGUACAAAUGGAAAGAAUAGAAAAGAGAAGAGUCUUGUACAGUAAAAAUAUUGUAAAGUGAUUGUAUGUAUCAUAAAAUAUGUAAUUGAAUAAUUUGUUGUAAGUAUUUAGUUAUAAAUCAGUUUUAUUUAUGAAGAUACAACUAUGUAAAUAUUUACAUUCAGAUAUGAUUAUUGUUUUUUUCUUUUUUCUCUUUUUUUU